AUGAAGAAACCCGUAAAAUUGUUUAAUAAAAAUAGAAUCAUAUCAAAUUCUGGGGAAAGCACAUCACAGAACAGUGGAGAGCAAUUAGCCCCUGUAGUAGAAGAUCAUAUGACUAGGUUUUUAAAAUGGAAAGUUGAACGCGAAAAAUGCAGAAAGAUUGAACAAUAUAAAAGAAAGCCACCCUUUGUAAUUGGAGUUGUUCAUCACAAAUUUUAUUCUCCAAUUGUGAUACGUGGAAAGGCACAUAAUCAAGCUGCACCCAUGCAUUUGGUUUCUCCUAAAAAAAGAGUUACAAAAGCAACAGAGAAAAGAUUAAUGAAUGAAGCACUUACACAGAAAGUAACAAAGGGUUCUCUUAAAAAUCCAAAUGUUAUAAAUAAACAAAAAAAGUGUCAGAAAGAGGAUGAACAGUCUGUUGCUCUUAUUGAUCGCAAAUUCAGAGCUUCAGGUAGGUUGCUUCAUGUACCUUUAUUUGGUAGAGUAGUCAUACAAAAUACACCUGUUAAAACAAACAAGCUUAAGUUUUCCUCCUCAAGAAAGUCAAGGGUAAAUAGAAAAAGUAACAUUGCAAUAUUUAAUGUAAAACCAGUUAAUAUUAAGGAGAAUGAUACAUCACUUAAUGACAAAAAAAGUCAUACUGAUGAUUCAGAAGAAACAUUCAAUUUUUCUAAUAAUAAUAGUAAUAAUAAUGACAACAAGAUAAAAUCUGGUGAUGAAAAUGUAGUACAUAAUAGUGGAGAACAUACUGGUGAAGAACAUAAUAGUGAAAAACAUAGUUAUGAGGAACAAAAUAGUGAAAAACAUAGUAAUGAAGAACAUAAUAGUGGAGAACAUAGUACUGAAAAAUAUAAUGAAGAAGGGCACAGUUACACUAAGAAAGUACUUUCUUCCUCAAAAAAUAUCAUAUCUGCAUCAUUAAAAUCUGAUUCUCCAGAGAAACUAGUUUUCUUUUCACCUUACAUAGUUUCUAGUUGUGGAAAAAGCAAUGCUAGGAAAGAACAAUUAAAAUGUGGUUUCAGUCUUGAUCAUUCAUCAAGUGAUGUCACUCCUACAAAACAUACUGUCAUGAAAAAUUUAAAUAUUUCAGUUGAAGAAGGGGAUCAUACUGCACAAUAUUUUCAAUUUUUUUUAAACAAAGAAAUAACCAGAUUAAAUGAAUUAUGUAAAACAUGGGCAGAAAUUAAAAUAAAAUCUGAAACUACAGAGGAUGGGCAGUAUGAAAUAAAUCAAGCUAUUGGCCAAACAAAUUUAUUAUUAAACAAAAAGUUCGAAAGAUGCCGUGAAUUAGUUGCUGAUUGUGAGACAGGAAAAGGAAAAAUGUUAGUUACAUGUAAAGAUUUGCAAGGAUUAUGGGAUAUGUUGUAUAUGGACAUAAUGAACUGUGAUUCACGAUUUGAAAAAUUACAAAAACUUCGUUCACGAGGCUGGAAGGAAGAACUACCUGUUGACAAACCCAUCACUAAAAAUAGAUCUAUUGUAAGAAAGAAUGUUUUAUCUACAAAAUCAAGUUUUAUUAGAGUUUUCUUGGCAGAGAAGAAAGAAAAAAUGGCACAAGAAAUGAGAAAUAACGACGAUACGAAGGAAGUUGAAGUUAGAGAUAAUCGAAUUCUGAGUAAUAAAUACGAAACAAAUGAAAGCUCUAAUAUAAAAUAUAAAAUAAGGGAAUCUAUGUGUAGUACUCCCAAUGAAAAAGAUUAUGCACCUAUUGGACAUGAUAAAAGAUUAAGUCUAUUGAAAAAGGUACAUUUGUCUGAAACAUCAAAGAAGGUAAAGAGUCUAUUAACCAUAAUAAAAGUAAGUCAAAUGUAUAAAACAUCAAAGGUACACUUGGAUGAUACAAUAUCUUGUGUUAAUUCUGAUCAAACACCAGAAAAAAGUAUAUUGAAGCCAACAAAGAGUAUAACUAUACUAGAAUCUCGUAUAAAGUUAAUAAAUAAAGUUAAUUUUAAUGAUCGUGUAGUUUUAAAUGAGGUACCAAUGGAUGAAGAAAUGCAGACAAAAAUGGAUUUGGCAGUAAUAUUAUCAAAAACAGAUAGUUUUAACUUGGACAGCCCUGAUGAAAUAACAAUUAAUGCAGAAAGAAAACUUGCUUUUGAUGAUAAUAGUUCUGAAGAAUCUGAAAUAGAUAUCAGAUAUUUUAAAUCGAAAAAUUCUACAAUUAAAAAUAUUAGUCCAACUAUACAAGUACCACCUACAACACAGUUACUAAGACCAGAAUUGGAUAAAAAUCUUGGUAUACCAUUACCAAGGAGAAGUUUAAGAAGACAAAAUGCACUUGUUGAAAGGAAUGAGAUUUUGUAUAAAACUUCACCAUUAGAAGAAAUUACAGAUGAUACAAAUUUAAAUACAUUAAAAAAAAAAUUACAAAAGCAUGUUUCUAUAAAUGACAAACAAGAAAUAAGUGAACAUGAUGAAAGUAUAGAAUUAAAAGAAAAUCCUUAA